UCCGUGGCCAAUGCCAUCCCCUCUUCCGGAAGUCAUAUCUGGUGCUCUUCCUCAAAAUGCUCUUGGUGGUCAUAUUGACGAAGACAAGCCACCUUGUAUCGCCGGACUCGGCCAACAUGACUAUCAGGCGGCGGUUCUGUGAUAAGAUUGUCCACGGCACAGGAGCUUCCGAGUGACAUUUAAGGAGCUGAAGAAGGCGACGAUUCCACUCCUCAUGCUGACCAACAAUCUUCGGCAGGCGGGCGUGAUAGUUUACCUAGGAUGAAAGUCGCUGUUGUAAGCAUUGGCAUGUGUCGCUUCUGUCAGUGUGUAGCGAAUCAAAGGGCUUGAGAUCAAGCCCAGCGCUGUGAUUGCUUCUUCAUGUUGAGUGAUAGUGUUGGUGAGAGGCUACAAGAACAAGUCAGUCUGGCUGCGUCGGACAAACGAGCAACUCGAAGAGAACCAACAUUAUAAAACACCAAAACACCGACUCAAGCAAGCGGAGCAUGUGGCUCUGCACUGACUGCUGCGGAGAUGAAAUCCUUGACCGAGACGAUUGCCGGCCUGUUCUCGGACCAUCACCGGCUUGCCGCCGACCGUGAAUCCCGCACGGGAGGCUUCGGCUUCGACAAGCUGCUGCUGGACAAGCGUCUGGAGGCGCUGCUCGGUGGUGAGAUUGGGCUUCUGUGCAGGCUGCUGGUUCUGGCUCUGUGCUGGAGCAAAUCGGCCUCGAGGGCCCUGACAGGGUCCGGUGCUUCAUCAACAAGCUGUUCGUACGCAUUGGUCCAGAGACUCUUUAACAAGAGAGUCCUAGGUUCAUCGACAUUUUCGGCCAAGAUCUGCGGUGGGGGAGAGUCUUGCCAGGACUUUGUCAGAGCGGCAGGUGCAGGCUCCAAAUUCUCGGGCACUGAGAUCGAGGGGCUCGUAUCGACGGCUUGGCCUGAGGGGACCCCGCACGGCGCCUUGGUGAGCUUCACCUUCCUUUACCCUCCCUCUCCUCGCCUGAACCUACUCCUUGACCCUUUUAGGCAUAAGGUAGCAUCAGAAAUGUACAUUCUGACACAACUCCAAUCGGAAUCCUGCCCUAUUCACGCCCAGCCACAGUCCCGGCUCUUGUCUCUCCCAUACGAGCUCCGCGCCGUGAUUUAUAAGGCCGUCUUCUCACGUAAUGUCAUUCACCUGUCGACGAUCUGUGCAGAGGAUACAGAAAGGAUAGAGAGGGUCUGUCAUACGUGGUUGGUCUAUCUCAUCGCCUCUACACUAGCUAUGCUGCCUAUACCGGCCAUGCCCGUAUACCCGUUGACAGGUUUCAUGUCCAGGUGCAUUGAACAUUGGGACGCUCGCUGGAACUAUGUCCACACUGCUUGCUCGAAGCAUCCCAUUAGCGCGGGAAAUUUGCUCGGAUUCCCUCUCACGUGUCGACGCGCAUACCUCGAAAGCAUCCAGCUACUCUACGCGCAGCACACAUUCAGCAUGGACGGCAGCCACGCGCACACCUUCUGGACCUUCUACCGUAAGACACCCAUGUGCUAUCUGAACGCCCUUCGCUCCCUGCGUCUGAUAACGACGCUCGUGCCGCCAAAACAGCCCUUGACCUCAAGGGUGUAUCCAAUCGUCAAAUCGCAAUACAUCGGCGCCUGGCAAGCCAUUUCGGGCCUCCCAAGUCUCCAGUCCCUCCUCGUCACCUCGACGUAUGCCUUCGUCAUGAGCAGGGACCACCUCCUGCAAGACGCAGAAUUUAUCAACCCAAUGAAAGCUGUCCAGCAGCGCGGCCUGAAGCAUUUCGACGUCGUGCUUCAUGUCACCCAGCUGUUUUUCCCCCGCAACGCUCAGAACACACUCCGUGAGCACAAGCUCCUCUGGGAGAGUUUUGAGAUUGAGACGGCUGGUGCUUAUGGAAGUGCGGGACUCUGGGAGGGCAUGCAUCCGGUCUGUCGCUUGAUCGCGAUGAAUGUCGCCAUGAAGAAUGCGCCUGUUCGGGGACAGAUGCUUGCAGAGAGGGACUUAAUGGCUUGGAUAGAUCAGUUUGGUCCGGCCUCGUCGGGCCUGGGGUUCAAUGGUGCGGAUGCGAUGGGUGACGCGAAGAGGCUACGGCUUUAUGAACGGCCAUGGCCUGGGGCUCAGCAUGAGAGGCAAGGGCCUGUGCAGGAGGCCGCGAAAGCCACAGCGGAAGCGGCGAUGAAUGCUGUAAAGGAAAAGUAUCAGCAUGCCCGGGUUACUUGUGAGUUGCAGGCCGGGGACUUGGAGAAUAUCAACCGGGCAGUGGAUCUGGAGUCGAUGAACAGGGCUGUCAAAUAUCUGUACAAGUAUCCUGAGCUUCCUAAGGGAGAGGGGGCGCCAACCCUGAAAUACCUCAUUGGUGCAUAGAACAGAAAC